CUUGUAUUGUAGAUAACACAAGUGUAAACAAAACAAGGAGCUUGAGAGCUAUGCCUAAAAAUAUAAAGAACGAUGAUGAUGUUGCUUACAAAAACAAUCAUAUUAAAUUGUUCGUGAGUAGGAUUGAUUCAAUUUUUUUUGUAAAAUGUCAAGAAUCCAAAAAAUUGUUGUACCUGAUGAAGAAAAUGACUGGACGCAACUGCCUCUUUAUUCGGUACUAUACCGGUGGAUGGUGAAAAAUGCCAGCAUCCCAACUGAUAUAAGCAUAGUGAUUGCUUACAUUGGCCUAUUCAUAAUAAUUUGGUACUUCACACUCUGGUUGGGGCGUUUUAUAAUGAGGAUCAUAUGGCCGUUGUUGCUGGUUGCAUCGGCAAUAGUGGUUUUUCGUGUCUUACAAAAUUACGAACCAGUUGAGAUUUUUGAUAUUAUUCAAAAGUCAUUUACAGCAACAGCAGAUGCUAUUCUACUCCGGAUGGAGCUCUUCGUGACAGCAACGGAAAUCACACAGAUCGGACCUCAAUGUACCAGCUUGUGUGGUGCUCACAGCUAUCCCGUCCCGGUUUUUGAUUAUGUCAAAGUUUUUUGAAUUGAUGCAGAAGCUCUUUGAAUGACCGGCAGGAACCUCAAAUAAAUAUUUGUUAAAUAAUAGACACA